AUGUCCGAUAUUUUCGAAGAUUUUGAGAAACGAGCACGCUUUAAGGACGAAGGUGAAGCUGACUUAAUUCGCCAGAAACUCGAGAUACUCGUUGGCAAUAUUCUGAAGCAAGUAGAGAAGCAAGACCAGCGAUUUCGAAGCACUUUGAUCAAAAGCGGAAGUGUGUACGAAGGCGUGAAAGUGAAAAAGCCUGAUGAAUUCGACUUCAUGGUCAAACUUGACUCGCUCACAAACACGCCGCUCUUUUAUCCAUGCGAAAAAGGUGACGGUUACGUUAAGCUUAACCUAGAUGAUGACACAUGGAAAGAAUUCAAAGAUGAACAUGGCUUCUUCAGCCCAAAUCUUCUUUGUCGCCACUUUAAGAAGCUUGUCAAUGGAUCACUUAGUUAUGUCGAGGUACCUGAGGGGCUCUCAAUUCGGAGAGCUGAUCAGGAGCUGCUUGAUGGCCCAUGGGGGCCUGUCUUUUCAGAUCUGUUGGGUAAUAGCGGCGGUAAGGACGACCCAUCUGGUGUCUUAUACUCAGAAACGCAUGGUCCAGCCACUACUCUUUACAUCAAAUGGCAAGGUGAUAGUAGUUACAGAAAUCUGCUUAUCAGCGUUGACUUGACACUAACUCUGGAGUACUUUAUAACCAAGCUUACUGCUGAGUUGUCAAAAUCCCUUCCACAAUCAGUAGAUGAUUGUCUCCGUAGAAACGGAUUUCAUGUCGUCCCUGCUGGUUUUGAUGUCUGGCGCAUUUCGUUUUCCAUGGCUGAAAAAGACGUCCUGUCUUCCUCUCCUGAGGGGUUUAAAGCUUGCUUCCGGGUUUUGAAAAUCAUGAGGGAUACUAUUAUGGAGCGACUGGGUUUGGACGCAGCCCUGAUGCCAUCGUACAUUUUCAAGACUGCUUUGUUGUCUCAGUUGUUCAUAACUGAAAAGCCUCACUGGGAACAGCAGCUCAGGUCGCAAACAUUGGAGGGGAUUCUAGAGGCUAUACUGCAAGGUAUUGUAAGUGAAGAGAUAAACAGCUUCUUUUUGUCAAGGUAUAACCUACUGACAAAGGGCGAUCACGAAAACAAGCUCCGCCGAUGCAUUCUAGAAGAGAUGCUGAAUUGCUUGAGAGGCUUAAAGAUGAAGUAUUCACCAGAAGACGUCAAAGAAAGAAAACGGCAAAUUAGGGUGUUAGAAAUGAUUGAUUUGAUGGAGUACAUUGUUUCGAGCACUCUUAGAGGAAAAGAUCCGACCGAGUUAUGGAACAAGAUGUUUGUUAAUACUGGUAGUGUUCCUGGCUCGCGCAAGUUUGGCUGGUUUUGGAAUCAGCUCACAGAUCUCAACAGCACUGAACUUGAUGAAGAUGCCUACAGCAUGGUCAUUCGAAUAUGGAGCCUGGUGGAGGAUUUCUUCAAGCAGUUGCUCGCUUCUGUUACUGGUGAACUGAACUUGUUGGUCCACAAGUUCUACAUCAGAACCCGCGAGAAAAAGGAGAAAUUUGAGGUCAUGCACAAGUGCAUACCCGAGCCUGUCGCACAGAUUUCUCUUCAAGAAAUGGCUUGUGAAUUAUUCCAAGAUCUUGCUGAAUGUUACAUUGAUGAAGUGAAUUCCGAUUGGUCGAGUCUGCACAAAGCAGUUCCUCCCGAGUACAAAUCAUCUGGUGUCUUCCAGGAUGUACGCGAUGUAACAGUGAAUGUUGGCAGUGAUGAAGGUCUUGGUGUCUUCAAACAGCGCAUCAAGCAAAAUCUGACCUUGAUUCCGGAUUCAUAUUUAAUGAGCCUUGCUGUCGGUUAUGUUGGGAAAAUAUUUUACCAUUCUCGAGAUGUGCUAAAACGUAAACUUGGUUACAUCACAAUAUCAGAGUUAGAGUUAGACUAAGCCAUCUGUUCGAGAUUAUUUCCCGGAGCUGGUUUAUGAUCAAAGAUGACUGUAUCUUUUAGUUCUGCUAGAAGCGUCUAUUUUCUCUCAAGAUUGAAUGUUAUAAUCUCAAUGCCUUUUCCAUUCUAAAUUAUAGUUUGAACGUGAAAGGCUUGUUCUUCCACAGCAUUGGAAUACAAUAAUGCUCUAAUUAAUUGUUGGCUCGUGUAAGACGCAGCUCUAAAAUUCUUCUUUGCUUUGUAAGUCUAGUCGGAAUUUUGGAAACAAACCUUGUAAUUCUUGCAGCGAUUGAAGUGCAAAAAGACCAAAAGACAAGUUUUCUUGCUUCCGAGAAACCUGCAAAUCACACUAGCGAAGGAAAAGGACAUGAAAAAUGGGAAGAGCAAGGAGAAAAAAAGGAGGAUGAGCAAAAAUACAGGGGUUGCAAUCUGGGAUUUUUUGUAGAUAGUAUUUGCGCCCAAAAACUGCUUGACGGAAGACGUCUAUUUAAAAAAUCCAGCUAGAUGUGAUCUAUAUUGCCUUUAUCGUGAUAUAGAAUAUGAUUUACUAUUAUCUGAGACCGUCUUUGACCUUCGGUUCCACACUGGAGAACUGAGUGUGAGCACAGGCUACCCAUGAAAGAUGACCUCUUCCGGUACGCACGACAAUCAUAAGACUUUGUAUGAGGUGCCUUGUUUCGUUGGACGACGGAAAACGCAUAUUGAUGCAGAAAUAAUCGUCGAACUGAGUUUUGCUAUAUAAUUGUGAACACCAAUUAGUCUCCCCGCCCCUUCCCCCGACGACUUUUAUGAAAGAUUAAGAUCAUUACCGCCCGGGUGUAUUAUGAUCUUGACAUAAGGUUCGUGUAGGGCUUGGGGUAACAUAGUCGUCACGUGACAGCUCUUGCUUGAGGUCUUUUCCGGGAAACUUCGGCGACGGAGUAGUCUGCUGCUCAGCCGUUUAUAGUGUCGUCACGUGUUACGACACUAUAAACGGCUGUGUGUGUAGCAGACUGGCGGCGGACCCGAACGCUAACAAGUGAGCCUGUCCGCAGGCUAGAGAUCUUUGACUUCUUCGACAAGGGAUUGAAAUUUUUUCCACUUACACCAUUGAAGAUGCAAAGGAGACGAGAAAGGUCGCGGCAGCUAGCUUUUUUUUCUCACUAUUUUUAUUAUUUUAACGUGUAGUAUCGAUUCAGGGUAACAGGACUACUAAUUUUAGGCACUGAAUUAGAGAGCUUUAGCAACAACGACUGCGGCGGUAGGGAAAACAUCUUUAUUAAAACUAUGCAACUUAUAUUCGUCAUAUUCCAAUUCACGUAAAUUCAUGUCAAGGGUAUGUGAAUCUCCCUGGAGAUGAAUUCUUGGGACCGCAUGUGAAAGUUUGGAAAGAGAGGGAAAAAUAAUUUUUUGUAUGAAAAAAGUCUCCCUCAAAACGUCGCAUAAUGAAAAUUGAAGUGGUUUUCGCCGUGCAGGGACGCUGCAAGUGAAUGCAUAAAAAAGUGUGCCGUACGUGAAAAUUUUUUUUCUCUUUAAACCUUUAUUGCUUUUUCGACGUUCUUACUGCCCUUGUCAUUGUAUAAGCUGUCAAACCUCCCUAUUAUUUCUACCCUGAAUUUAUCGAUUUUUAGAUAAGCUGUCCUUUUUUCACUUUACUUAUUAAUUUACCGGCAGAAAUAUGCAAAAUUGUCUUUUUAUUUUUAAUUUGCAAAAACCAGCUAUGAUCUCUAGAAUUGAUUCCAAGAAAGGAAGACUCAUUAAUUGAAAUUCCAUGAAAGCCCCGAUGCAUUAAAAGUCACGUGAAAUAAAAUAAAGGGAAAAACCCCGGGGAGUAACUUUCUGUAUUUCAUCGGUAUCUAUUCAGCUCUACUGCGUCUUAUCAACAUGUCCGAUAUUUUCGAAGAUUUUGAGAAACGAGCACGCUUUGAGGACGAAGAUGAAGCUGACUUAAUUCGCCAGAAACUCGAGAUACUCGUUGGCAAUAUUCUGAAGCAAGUAGAGAAGCAAGACCAGCGAUUUCGAAGCACUUUGAUCAAAAGCGGAAGUGUGUACGAAGGCGUGAAAGUGAAAAAGCCUGAUGAAUUCGACUUCAUGGUCAAACUUGACUCGCUCACAAACACGCCGCUCUUUUAUACAUGCGAAAAAGGUGACGGUUACGUUAAGCUUAACCUAGAUGAUGACACAUGGAAAGAAUUCAAAGAUGAACAUGGCUUCUUCAGUCCAAAUGUUCUUUGUCGCCACUUUAAGAAGCUUGUCAAUGGAUCACUUAGUUAUGUCGAGGUACCCGAGGUGCUCUCAAUUCAGAGAGCUGAUCAGGAGCUGCUUGAUGGCCCAUGGGGGCCUGUCUUUUCAGAUCUGUUGGGUAAUACCGGCGGUAAGGACACUUCAUCUGGUGUCUUAUACUCAGAAACGCACGGUCCAGCCACUACUCUUUACAUCAAAUGGCAAGGUCAUAGUAGUUCCAGAAAUCUGCUUAUCAGCGUUGACUUGACACUAACUCUGGAGUACUUUAUAACCAAGCUUACUGCUGAGUUGUCAAAAUCCCUUCCACAAUCAGUAGAUGAUUGUCUCCGUAGAAACGGAUUUCAUGUCGUCCCUGCUGGUUUUGAUGUCUGGCGCAUUUCGUUUUCCAUGGCUGAAAAAGACGUCCUGUCUUCCUCUCCUGAGGGGUUUAAAGCUUGCUUCCGGGUUUUGAAAAUCAUGAGGGAUACUGUUAUGGAGCGACUGGGUUUGGACGCAGCCCUGAUGCCAUCGUACAUUUUCAAGACUGCCUUGUUGUCUCAGUUGUUCAUUACUGAAAAGCCUCGCUGGGAAAAGCAGCUCAGGUCGCAAACAUUGGAGAGGAUUCUAGAGGCUAUAAUGCAAGGUAUUGUAAGUGAAGAGAUAAACAGCUUCUUUUUGUCAAGGUAUAACCUACUGACAAAGGGCGAUCACGAAAACAAGCUCCGCCGAUGCAUUCUAGAAGAGAUGGUGAAUUGCUUGAGAGGCUUAAAGAUGAAGUAUUCGCCAGAAGAUGUCAAAGAAAGAAAACGGCAAAUUAGGGUGUUAGAAAUGAUUGAUUUGAUGGAGUACAUUGUUUCGAGCACUCUUAGAGGUGAAGAUCCGACCGAGUUAUGGAACAAGAUGUUUGUUAAUAUCGGUAGUGUUCCUGGCUCGCGUAAGUUUGGCUGGUUUUGGAAUCAGCUCACAGAUCUCAACAGCACUGAACUUGAUGAAGAUGCCUACAGCAUGGUCAUUCGAAUAUGGAGCCUGGUGGAGGAUUUCUUCAAACAGUUGCUCGCUUCUGUUACUGGUGAACUGAACUUGUUGGUCCACAAGUUCUACAUGCGAACCCGCGAGAAAAAGGAGAAAUCUGAGGUCAUGCACAAGUGCAUACCCGAGCCUGUCGCACAGAUUUCUCUUCAAGAAAUGGCUUGUGAAUUAUUCCAAGAUCUUGCUGAAUGUUACAUUGAUGAAGUGAAUUCCGAUUGGUCGAGUCUGCACAAAGCAGUUCCUCCCGAGUGCAAAUCAUCUGGUGUCUUCCAGGAUGUACGCGAUGUAACAGUGAAUGUUGGCAGUGAUGAAGGUCUUGGUGUCUUCAAACAGCGCAUCAAGCAAAAUCUGACCUUGAUUCCGGAUUCAUAUUUAAUGAGCCUUGCUGUCGGUUAUGUUGGGAAAAUAUUUUACCAUUCUCGAGAUGUGCUAAAACGUAAACUUGGUUACAUCACAAUAUCAGAGUUAGAGUUAGACUAA